AUGCCCGUGCUCGGCUCCGCUGUGAAGCCCCAGUGCCGCACGGAGAUGCGGGCCUCAUGGGCCAUCGUGGACGGUGCAUUCGAGUCCGCGGUCAUACUGGGGCCGCGCGCGGCGCAUGUGCUUUUGCGCCACAGUGCCGGGGCAUCCCACCAUGAGUUCCCGUACGCCCUCAGCGUCAUGGCGGGGCUGGUGGCGUGCACGAACGGUGCCAAAGUCGCUGUCUUCCCCGGCCCCGCGAGUCCUUUGAUGCUCUCCGUGAUCAAUGUCAACUACCCGCAGACUCGGAAGUCUUCCACGCACAGCUCCAUGCAUGAAGUGUCUACGGAGAUCGACGGGCAGAGCAAGGACACGGCCAAGGGCAUCGCGCGCGACUGGCUCCACGCAGAGCAAGGGGUCAAUUCGGCGACCUUGGCUUUCUUCACGAACGCGGCGUUCUUCCAGCGCUGCGCGGGAGAUUGGGGGCAAGUACGGAAUGGUACCGGACUCGGAUGCCCGGGCCGAGUGCACUUUGGCACUCUCAUCAACGUGGACGAGGCUUACAAGAUGCUUCGAAUGAUUGGCCUCGUGAGCGCUGGUGGCGCGGCAAGCAAGGGCGGCGACGCUCUGGAUGUCACAGACGCGGCCAGCGAGUUCAACCGCCUCCUGCAGACUGGCACUGCGAGCUACACAACGAAGAACGCAGGUGCGCACGGCGAGGCGGCCGCGCCAACCAUCAGUAUGGGCGUCCUCGGGAACGGGCACCCCUCAGUCAUCAUUCCUAUGGAGAGGGGCGACAUUGGGUCCAACCACGUCGCAGCGAAAGAGCGAUUGCUCUUUGUCACUGGCCGUCCAGUGGAGCCGCACACCGCGGUGCCCGCCCGGCUGCAAGUUCGGACCGGGGAG